GUUUGGUAUUAAAUCUCGUCCGCGUCCUCCAUCCUCUGCCAAAUCCUUGUGUUUUCUUUUUUUUUUCUUUUCUUUCGUUUUCUCAUUGGAGAUUGCUGAUUGGAGAUUAUUGAAGGUCGGAUAAUGGAGGAAUAACCCUCAACAACACCACAUAUCAGAUCUUCCCAAACACACAAUCAAACAAACAAGGUGCUGGGUCAAACAUGGCCAUAGGUAAAUAUACUAGAGUAGAUAGUAGGAGGCCCUCCUCCAAUGGCUACUGCUCCACCGUCACCAUUGUGGUGUUUGUGGCCUUGUGCUUGGUCGCCGUUUGGAUGAUGACCUCCUCCUCUGUAGUUCCCGUUCAAAAUGUUGAUGUGCCCCAGGAGAAUAAGAGUGACCUCAACGAGCAGGACAGCAAUGACAUUGGCGUCAAGGAACAAGUGAGUGACACCAAAAACAGGCAAUUUGAAGAUAACCCCGGUGACUUACCUGAUGACGCAACCAAAGGAGACAGUGAUGGUGCUGCUCAGGGCGAAGACAAGGUAGAAGAGAAGUCUGAAGACUCUACUGCGGAGAGAUUUGUGGAAAAGACUCAAGAGACGCCUGAGGAGAAGACUGAAGACAAGAUUGAGGACAAGACCGAAGACAAGAUUGAGGAGAAGACUGAAGACAAGAGUGAGGAGAAAACUGAAGAUGGUGACUCUAAGGUGGAAAAUGGAGAAUUGAAUUCUGAAGAUGCAGAAAAAAAGAGCGAUGGUGGUGAAAACGAGAAGAAGUCUGAUUCCAGUGAUAAUGAUAAGAAGUCGGAUGAUGACAGUGAUAAAAAAUUAGACAGCUCUGAAGAAAUAAAUGAUACAGAAAAGGUGAAUGGUCAGAUAGAGGAGAAAAAGGAAAAUGAGCAGGUCAAAAACGAAAGUUCAAAUGAGGUAUUCCCUUCUGUUGCUCAGUCAGAGCUGUUGAACGAGACUACAACUCAAAAUGGUUCGUGGUCAACUCAAUCGGCAGAGUCAAAGAACGAGAAGGAGGCUCAGCGUACUUCUAAUCAGAAGAUCAGUUACAACUGGAAAGUCUGCAAUUCCACUGCUGGGCCUGAUUUCAUCCCCUGCCUUGACAAUUUGCAAGCCAUCAAGAGUCUUCGAAGUACCAAGCAUUACGAGCACCGGGAGAGGCACUGUCCCGAAGAGGCUCCCACCUGCCUUCUUCCUCUCCCAGAAGGAUAUAGACGCUCAAUUGAGUGGCCAACAAGCAGGGAAAAGAUAUGGUACUACAAUGUUCCGCAUGCCAAGCUUGCUCAAGUUAAGGGGCAUCAGAAUUGGGUCAAAGUUACUGGUGAAUACCUUACUUUUCCGGGCGGUGGAACACAAUUCAAGCGUGGUGCUCUUCAUUAUAUAGAUUUCAUACUAGAGUCUGUUCCUGAUAUUGCCUGGGGAAAACGUUCACGUGUUGUAUUAGAUGUUGGAUGUGGAGUUGCAAGCUUUGGAGGCUUUCUCUUUGACAGAGAUGUCCUUGCAAUGUCAUUGGCCCCAAAAGACGAGCAUGAAGCUCAGGUUCAGUUUGCACUUGAAAGAGGAAUUCCAGCCAUAUCUGCUGUGAUGGGCACAAAGAGACUUCCCUUCCCAGGCAAAGUUUUUGAUGUUGUUCACUGUGCCCGCUGCAGGGUUCCUUGGCAUAUAGAAGGUGGUAAGCUUCUAUUGGAGCUGAAUCGUGUGUUGAGACCUGGUGGUUUCUUUGUGUGGUCUGCUACUCCAAUAUAUCAGAAGCUGGCUGAAGAUGUUGAAAUAUGGAAAGCCAUGAAGGAACUAACAAAAGCAAUAUGCUGGGAACUGUUGUCAAUUAGUAAGGAUACAAUAAAUGGAGUUGGUAUUGCUAUAUACAAAAAGCCUACUUCGAAUGAGUGCUAUGAGAAAAGAUCACAGAACGAGCCUCCCAUCUGCACUACGUCUGAUGAGCCAAAUGCUGCCUGGAAUGUGCCAUUACAAGCAUGCAUGCACAAAGUGCCUGUAGAUGCAACAGAACGUGGGUCUGAAUGGCCUGAACAAUGGCCAUCGAGGUUGGACAAGCCACCUUACUGGUUGUUAAGUUCCCAAGUUGGUGUUUAUGGAAAACCUGCUCCUGAGGAUUUCACUGCAGACAAUGAGCACUGGAAACGUGUGGUGACAAAGUCAUACCUGAAUGGAAUGGGGAUUAACUGGACAUCUGUCCGGAAUGUUAUGGACAUGAGAGCUGUGUAUGGAGGAUUUGCUGCCGCUGUGAAAGAUUUGAAAAUUUGGGUCAUGAAUGUGGUCUCAGUAGACUCUCCAGACACACUACCCAUAAUUUACGAACGUGGUUUGUUUGGUAUGUAUCAUGAUUGGUGCGAAUCAUUUAGCACAUAUCCAAGGUCUUAUGAUCUUAUCCAUUCCGACCAUCUGUUUUCCAAGCUUAAAAAGAGGUGCAAUUUAGUGGCUGUAGUUGCGGAGGUUGAUCGAAUUCUUCGACCUGAGGGAACCCUUAUCGUGCGAGACGAGGUUGAGACUAUUAAUGAGCUGGAGAACAUGGUGAGAUCGAUGCAGUGGGAGGUUCGCAUGACCUAUUCAAAGGACAAGGAGGGAUUGCUCUGUGUGAAGAAGUCCAUGUGGCGGCCCAAAGAGUUGGAGACACUCAAGUAUGCCAUCGCUUAAGCGUGGUGGCCGGAAGUGGCUGCUGGCAUUGCUGAGGAUAUAAUCGUUACACAUUCUUUUUAUGUUUUGGUUGCUAUCGAAAUUCAUGGUAACUGUACUUUAUGUUAUAUUAGCCUUUUGUAUCAUUUUAGUUAGGGCUUGUAGUGUCUGUAAUUCGUUUGUUACAAUAUUUUGUUUUCGUUUUUGAAAGGUCGGUGUUUGGAAUUUCACUGUAACAUUACCUUACAGGUUAUUGAUGGAAGAAAAAUGAGCACAUUGUUACAA